AAACUUUUAUUGCAUAUGUACUGUUUGUUUUAAUUCCACUUUCCGCCCAAUCUCUUCACCGACAACCCAAUAUAAAUAAAUUUAGCAACAUCACCACCUCUUACUCACAUACUCACUCAUAUUCACAUUUCACAUUAUAUUAUAUUAUUAUUUAUACUUCAAAACUAUACCCUUAUUAAUUCCCAACAAAGGCAAAUAUGGUACAAACAAGGAAGUUCAGAGGAGUCAGGCAACGCCAGUGGGGCUCUUGGGUGUCAGAAAUUCGCCACCCUUUACUAAAAAGGAGGGUGUGGUUAGGAACAUUUGAGACAGCAGAGGCUGCAGCAAGAGCAUAUGAUCAAGCAGCUAUUUUGAUGAAUGGUCAAAGUGCAAAGACUAAUUUCCCUGUGUCAAAGAAUCAAGGUGGUGAAGUUGCUAUUGACACCACCCCUUGUGUUGGUGGUGAUAAGUCUUUCUUGUCUCCCAAGGCACUGUCAGAACUACUCAGCACAAAGCUAAGAAAGUAUUGUAAAGACCCUUCUCCAUCACUCACUUGUUUGAGGCUAGAUGCUGAUAAUUCUCACAUUGGUGUGUGGCAAAAAGGAGCUGGACCACAUUCUGGCUCUAAUUGGGUCAUGAGAGUUGAGCUUGGUGGGAAGAAACAGAUUAUAGAGUCAGAGAUAGAGUCACCACAACCACACAUUAUUGAUGAUGUUGUUAAUAAGGAUGCUAAUAAUGCUGAUAUUGAAAAUGGUGUAGUAGUUGAAGAAGAGGAAAGAGUUGCUUUGCAGAUGAUUGAAGAGCUACUUAAUUGGAACUAUCCAUGUGAUUCAACUUCAAGUAAUUCUCAACAGGAAGAAGAUAUUAACAUUACAUUUCCAUGUCAUGGUUCUUAAAUUUUUUUUUUAAAAUGUACCAAUUUCAUGCCAUUUUAUGCUAUAUUUUCCAUGUACUUUUGUGUCUUGUGUAAUAUAUAUAUAUAUAUAUAUAUAUAUUUAUAUGUGCUUUCAAAGUGGUGAUAAAUAGAUAAUGGCCACUUUGAUAGUUACUUAAUACAGUAUAUGCAAUAUAAUUGUGGUUGGGAAACAUGAGAAUUUGGAUCAAAUU